AUGAUCAGGACACAUUUCUUCCUAGUUUUUGCACUGAUCAUGUGCAUCAUACCUGCUGAGGAAAUCUUUCAGCCAACUCUAGUGCUGGACAUGGCUAAAGUCCUAUUGGAUAACUACUGCUAUCCUGAAAACCUAGUGGGAAUGCAAGAAGCUAUUGAACAAGCAAUCAAGAGCGGGGAGAUCCUGGACAUCUCAGAUCCAAAACUGCUGGCCAGUGUCUUGACAGCUGGAGUGCAGGGUGCUCUUAAUGACCCAAGACUGGUGAUUUCCUAUGAGCCAUCAUCUCAUAAGGGUCCCAGACAAGAAGCUGAGGCUUCCCCAACUCGUGAGCAGCUGCUGAGUCUUAUUGAGCAUGUGGUCAUGUAUGACAAGCUGGAGGGCAAUGUUGGCUACCUGAGGAUUGAUUAUAUCGUAGGACAAGAAGCUGUGGAGAAAGUUGGAGCUUUUCUAGUGGACAAGGUGUGGAAGACUCUGAUAGAGACAUCUGCCCUGGUGAUUGAUCUUCGUCACAGCACUGGGGGUCAAAUUUCUGGUCUCCCCUUUAUCAUCUCAUACUUGCAUGAAUCGGACAAGAUGUUGCAUGUUGAGACUGUAUACAAUCGACCUUCCAACACCACCACAGAGAUAUGGACACUGCCAAAGGUGCUGGGAGAGAGGUACAGCAAAGACAAGGAUGUCAUUGUUUUGAUCAGCCACCAUACCACAGGAGUGGCUGAAGAUGUGGCUUACAUCCUCAAACACAUGAACAGGGCUAUCACUGUUGGGGAGAAGACAGCUGGGGGCUCACUGGACAUCCAGAAGCUGCGUAUUGGCCUCUCCGAUUUCUAUAUGAUGGUUCCUGUGUCACGAUCUGUGAGCCCUUUGAGUGGGGGUGGACAGAGCUGGGAGGUGAGUGGGGUGGUGCCAUGUGUGGCUACUGAGGCAGAACAAGCCUUGCAGAAAUCCCUGGAUAUCCUGGCAGUGCGCAGAGCAGUGCCUGGCACCCUAAGCCACCUCACAAACAUAAUAAAGGACUACUACAGCUUAGUGGAGCGGGUGCCAGUGCUGCUGCGGCACCUUGCCACCUCUGACUUCUCUUCAGUGCAGUCAGCAGAGGACCUGGCCACCAAACUCAACACUGACAUGCAGAGCUUAUCCGAAGACCCUCGCCUGUUGGUUCGAGUCGUGAUGCCAGGUGAGGCUGCUGCUCCCCCAGCCGAGAAGCCAGUUGCAGUGGCAGCCAACUUACCUGACAAUGAGCAACUGCUGCAUGCCUUGGUGGAUACUGUUUUUAAGGUGUCAGUGUUACCAGGCAAUGUUGGCUACAUGCGCUUUGAUGAGUUUGCAGACGCCUCUGUGCUUGUUAAGCUGGGACCUUACAUUGUCCGCAAAGUGUGGGAGCCCCUCCAAAAUACAGAAAACUUGAUCAUGGACCUACGAUACAACCCUGGGGGCCCUUCCUCCUCUGCUGUGCCUGUGCUACUCUCCUAUUUCCAAGAUCCUGCUGCUGGCCCGGUCCAUCUCUUCACAACAUAUGACAGGCGCACCAACCACACACAGGAGCACAACAGCCAGGCAGAACUGCUGGGCCAGCCCUACGGGUCUCAGCGUGGCAUCUACCUGCUCACCAGCCACCACACUGCCACAGCUGCUGAAGAGUUUGCUUACCUCAUGCAGUCCCUGGGUCGUGCCACACUGAUUGGUGAGAUCACAGCAGGAAGUCUCUCACACACCCACACCUUCCCUCUGCUGCAGCCUGAGCAGGGAAUAACCCGUGGCCUAACUAUCACAGUUCCUGUUAUCACCUUCAUUGACAACCAUGGGGAAAGCUGGAUGGGUGGAGGAGUUGUGCCUGAUGCCAUAGUGUUGGCUGAAGAUGCACUGGAGAAGGCUGAAGAGGUGUUAGCUUUUCACAAGAACAUGGGAGCACUUUUAGAGGGUACUGGGCAACUCCUAGAAGCUCACUAUGCCAUUCCAGAAGUGGCUGGUAAGGUCAGUGCUAUGCUCAGCACCAAACAGGCUCAAGGAAGCUAUCGAUCAGCAGUAGACUUUGAGACAUUGGCUUCCCAGCUUACCAGUGACUUGCAGGAGGCCUCAGGGGACCAUCGGCUUCAUGUCUUCCACAGCCAUGUUGAACCAACACCAGAAGAACAGAUCCCCAGCAUGAUUCCCAGCCCUGAGGAGCUGAGCUACAUCAUUGAGGCACUCUUCAAAAUCGAAGUAUUGCCAGGCAAUGUAGGCUACCUUCGCUUUGAUAUGAUGGCUGAGGCAGAAACAGUGAAAGCCAUUGGGCCCCAGCUGUUGCAGAUGGUAUGGAACAAGCUGGUGGACACUGAUGCCAUGAUUAUUGACAUGAGGUACAACACAGGUGGCUACUCCACUGCCAUCCCCAUACUUUGUUCCUACUUCUUUGAUCCUGAGCCUCGGCAACACCUGUACACUGUCUUUGAUCGUAGUACCUCCCGCAGCACGGAGGUGUGGACUCUCCCCCAAGUCACUGGCAAGAGAUACGGCUCCCUCAAGGACAUCUACAUCCUAACAAGCCAUAUGAGUGGCUCAGCAGCUGAAGCUUUCACUCGAUCUAUGAAGGAUCUCCACCGGGCGACAGUUAUUGGUGAGCCCACAGUAGGUGGUUCCCUCUCAGUGGGCAUUUAUCGUGUUGGUAACAGUUCGCUCUAUGCCUCCAUCCCCAGCCAAGUGGUGCUCAGCCCAGUCACUGGCAAAGUAUGGAGUGUGUCUGGAGUGGAGCCACACAUCACUGUCCAGGCCAAUGAAGCCAUGGCUGUAGCUCAGCACAUUGCCAACCUGCGUGCCCAGGUGCCACAGACACUGAAAACUGUGGGCAAGCUUGUGGCAGAUAAUUAUGCCUUUGUGGACACUGGGACUGCCGUAGCAUCCAACCUCAUCAAGAACAUCAACAAAGACAGUUAUAAAAGGAUUACUACAGAAGAGGAGCUGGCCAGAAAGGUGACUGCCAACUUGCAAGCUCUUUCCAAUGAUGAGCACCUGAAAUUACUCUACAUCCCUGAACAUGCCAAGGACAGCAUCCCAGGGAUCAUGCCAAAACAGAUGCCUUCUCCAGAAGUAUUUGAAGAUCUGAUUAAAUUUUCAUUCCAUACAAAUGUAUUUGAAAACAACAUCGGCUAUCUGAGAUUUGAUAUGUUUGGAGACUGUGAACUUCUAACCCAGGUGUCCGACCUACUGGUAGAGCAUGUUUGGAAGAAAAUCGUUCACACAGAUGCAUUAAUCAUAGACAUGAGGUACAAUAUUGGAGGCUCCACCACUUCCAUAGCAAUCCUAUGUUCAUAUUUCUUUGACGAAGGACACCAAAUUCUCUUGGACAAAGUUUAUGACAGACCCAGUGACACAGUAAAGGAAAUAUGGACCCAGCCAGAGCUCAAAGGGGAGAGGUAUGGCUCUCAGAAGGGUUUAAUAAUCCUUACCAGUGCUGUGACAGCUGGGGCUGCUGAAGAGUUUGUGUACAUAAUGAAGAGACUAGGCAGAGCUCUCGUCAUUGGGGAACAGACCAGUGGUGGCUGUCAUUCCCCACAAACAUAUCAAGUAGAUGAUACCAACUUCUACAUCAUCAUCCCUACCUCCAGAUCUGUCGCUUCUGCAGAAAGCACUUCUUGGGAAGGGAAAGGGGUGCCUCCUCACAUGGAAACACCAGCUGAAGCAGCUCUCAUCAAGGCAAAGGAGAUGUUCAAUGCUCACCUGCACAGCUCUAGAUAG